GGGCACUCGCUCACUCUCCCCACUGAGCAGUCCUAACCCGGGACGAGGCUUAGCGAGGCAAAGGGGUGGGAGGCGCUUGCAUUCACUCCGGCUCCAGCAAAACCUGCCCAAUGCAGCAGACGUUGCUGCUCUCCGCCAGCGGACCCCGCUACAGCACAAUGCAGCACUAAGGCGGCCGGAGAGGCUGCAGCUCUAGGAGGUGCCGCAGCAGCACUGGGCUCGGCCGUCAUCCGCAGGCAGACAGGCAGAGCCCGGUGCUUCGGGCUAGGGCGGGAGGCAAGAGAAGGAGAGCGAGGAGAGACAGAACCCGUUUGUCAGCUGCGGAGAGGAGAGAAGAGGAGAGGUGAGGGGAGGAGAGAGGAAAGGAGAGGUUAGUGAGGAGAGAGAGGAGGAGAGGGAGCGCCCGCCCGGGGCUGGAUGCCCGAGUCUCCACCAUGAGCAUCUCGCCUUGAGCAUCAUCUCUGGCUGGGGCAGGCUGAAGGGCAGAGAGAGCCAUGAGGGCUGCGGAGGCUGCGGAGGCUGCGGCUCUGCUCCCCUGGCUGUUGCUGGGCAUCUCGGGCAUCUUCCCGCUGGCUCUGUGCAGGCUGCCAGGAGACGCCUUGUUGACGGAGCUGGAGAGAAGGAACGAAAACCGCUUUCUAGAGAGAGAGAACACUGUGCCCCUCCGGCUCAUCUACCGCUCCGGCGGCGAGGACCAAACUCGCCAUGACGUGCUCACCACUCGGAUUCGGGGCGCCCCGGCUGGCGGCGGCGCCGGCGGCAGGCAGUCUACUCAUGUUGACCAGGCGAGCUUCCAAGUUGAUGCAUUUGGAUCAACCUUCAUUCUAGAUGUUGUACUCAAUCAUGACUUGCUGUCAUCUGAAUACCUGGAGAGACACAUUGACCAUGGAGGAAAGAUUGUUGAAGUUAAAGGAGGAGAACAUUGCUACUACCAUGGUCACAUUAGAGGAUAUCCUGAUUCAUUUGUUGCCCUGUCUACAUGCCAUGGACUCCACGGAAUGUUCUAUGAUGGGAAUCAUACAUAUCUUAUUGAACCAGAAGAAAAUGACACCUCCCAGGAGGACUUCCAUUUUCAUUCAGUUUACAAAUCCAAACUGUUUGAAUUUCCCUUGGAUGACCUGCCAUCUGAAUUUCAACAAAUGAACAUCACUUCCCCAAAGUUCAUUGUGAAACCAAGACUAAAAAGGAGUAAAAGGCAGCUUCGUCGGCAUCCACGCAAUGUAGAAGAAGAAACAAAAUAUGUUGAACUGAUGAUAGUGAAUGAUCACCUAAUGUUUAAAAAACAUCGACUUUCAGUGAUGCAUACAAAUACCUAUGCUAAAUCCGUGGUGAACAUGGCAGAUUUAAUCUACAAGGAACAACUUAAGACAAGGAUAGUGUUGGUUGCCAUGGAAACCUGGGCAGCUGACAACAAGUUCACCAUAUCUGAAAAACCACUGACCACCCUACGCGAGUUCAUGAAAUAUCGGAAGGAUUUUAUCAAGGAGAAAAGUGAUGCCGUCCACCUUUUCUCGGGAAGCCGAUUUGAAAGUAGCCGAAGUGGGGCAGCUUAUAUUGGUGGGAUUUGCUCGCUGCUGAAAGGAGGAGGAGUGAAUGAAUUUGGGAAAACGGAUUUAAUGGCCGUCACUCUAGCCCAAUCAUUAGCAUAUAAUCUUGGCAUUUUCUCAGACAAAAGAAAAUUAGUAAGUGGUGAGUGUAAGUGUGAGGACACGUGGUCUGGAUGCAUAAUGGGAGACACAGGCUAUUACCUCCCAAAAAAGUUCUCUCAGUGCAAUGUCGAUGAGUAUCAUGACUUCUUAAAUAAUGGAGGUGGCGCCUGCCUCUUCAAUAAACCAUCAAAGUUGCUAGAUCCUCCUGAAUGUGGCAAUGGCUUUAUUGAGACUGGAGAAGAAUGUGACUGUGGCACACUUGCGGAGUGUGCCCGGGAAGGAGCAGAUUGCUGUAAGAAAUGCACUUUGACAGAAGAUUCCCAAUGCAGUGAUGGUCUUUGCUGUAAAAAGUGCAAGUUUCAACCUAUGGGAACUGUAUGCCGGGAAGCAGUGAAUGACUGUGAUAUUCAGGAGACAUGUACAGGAAACUCCAGCCAGUGUGCCCCAAAUAUCCAUAAGAUGGAUGGCUACUCAUGUGAUAAUUUUCAGGGCAUUUGCUUUGGAGGAAGAUGUAAAACCAGGGACAGACAGUGCAAAUACAUCUGGGGGCAAAAUGUGACAGCUUCUGAUAAAUACUGCUAUGAAAAGCUGAACAUUGAGGGAACAGAAAAAGGCAACUGUGGGAGAGACAAAGACACUUGGAUUCAGUGUAACAAACAGGAUGUGCUUUGUGGUUAUCUCCUAUGCACCAACAUUGGUAACAUCCCAAGGCUUGGAGAACUAGAUGGGGAAAUCACGUCCUCUUUAGUCGUCCAGCAAGGAAGGACAUUGAACUGCAGUGGUGGUCAUGUUAAACUUGAAGAAGAGAUAGAUCUUGGCUAUGUUGAAGAUGGGACACCAUGUGGCCCCGAAAUGAUGUGCUUAGAGCGUAGGUGUCUCCCUACUGCCUCUUUCAACUUUAGUACCUGCUUGAGCAAAAAAGAAAAUGCCAUUUGUUCAGGACAUGGGGUUUGCAGUAAUGAAAUAAAAUGUGUUUGUAACAAGCAUUGGAGUGGUGCAGACUGCAAUACCUAUUUACCAUACAAUGAUGGCUCAAAAUCAGAUAUAUCUCUGUCUGGCAAUGGUGUUGCUGGCACAAAUAUCAUAAUAGGAAUAAUUACUGGCACCAUUUUGGUGCUGGUUCUCAUAUUAGGAAUAGCUGCAUGGGGUUACAAAAAUUAUCGAGAACAGAGACAAUUACCCCAGGGAGAUUAUGUAAAAAAGCCUGGAGAUGCCGAUUCUUUUUAUAGCGACAUGCCUCCGGGAGUCAGCACAAACUCAGCAUCUAGUUCUAAGAAGAGGUCUGCUUUUCUGUCGCAUUUUCAGAUUUCUACCUGUUCCAUCCCACAUUAUUCCAUUAGUCAGAACAUUUCAUUAUUUUGCAGCAGGUCAAAUGGACUCUCCCAUUCCUGGAGUGAGAGGAUUCCAGAUACAAAACAUAUUUCAGACAUCUGUGAAAAUGGAAGACCUCGAAGUAACUCAUGGCAGGGCAAUCUAGGAGGCAACAGAAAGAAAGUCAGAGGCAAACGAUUUAGACCACGAUCUAAUUCAACUGAGUAUUUAAAUCCAUGGUUCAAAAGAGAAUAUAAUGUAGCUAAGUGGGUAGAAGAUGUGAAUAAAAACACUGAAGGACCAUACUUUAGGACUUUGUCUCCUGCCAAGUCUCCUUCUUCUUCUACCGGAUCUAUUGCUUCCAGCAGGAAAUACCCAUAUCCAAUGCCUCCGCUUCCUGAUGAGGAGAAGAAGGCGAACAGACAAAGUGCCAGGCUAUGGGAGACAUCCAUUUAAGACCAACUGUUUACAUGUGACAUAUUGGAACUGUUUACUUCAACUUUUAUAGAAAUUCAGCCUCAUUGAGUCAAUGCAAAUAUAUCUGCUCCUCAGACAAUAUGGAAGACCUACAGAGAUGCCAAGGAGGAGAGAGAGAGAGAGAGAAAAAUCUCAUCCCUGGAUCAUUUUUUUUUCCACUGCUGGCUUAGAAUUUUACUCAAACCAUGUAAAGAACACUGGGAAUCAUAUACCAUAACACAGAAUAACAAAUAGACUGAAUAGGACCAAGGAUAAUCCGCAUGACAGAUAGGUAGACAGAUAGGAGUAAGAGUAAUUCACAAGUCCUCAAUAUGGCAAAUUUCCCAGAGGGGAAAUACAGUCCAAAUGAGGACCGUCGUGGAUCCAGAACUGGGUACCUGAAGCACAUUUUCGCCGUAGACCAUAAUGCUAUGUGCAUGAGCCUUUUUUAAGUUGUCCUCCACACUUAAGGAAACAACAUAUCGUAGUAGAAACUAGCAUGCAGGGCUAAGACAUAAAAGGACUCUUUCUGCAGGACUGUAACCUAUGAGAGGCUAAUUGCCUAUAUAUAUAUAUAUAUAUAUAAAUGCAUAUAUAUAUAUAUCCUUUUUUACUUUUUAUGUUUAUAUUCUCAUUCUAGAAAUGCAACUGUACAUAAGUCAACAUUUUUAAAUGUCAAAACAGCUGUUACACACAAGUGUAUUUUGCCAAAUGCCUGAACGGUCGCUCACAACUAAUAAUCAUCGUUAUAGAUCAAAUGGUCUUCUAAGAUGACGAAUGAGCAGGUUAAAUUGUAUAUACAGCAGUCGGUGAUGUAAAUGUCUCUCCAACACCAGACCAGAACAUCUGAUGUCCUUUUAAAUCGUACACAUCCUGGAAGCUUGGAGUACUUGAUCAAGACAUCAAAAUGCCAAUCAGGGCUUCCUCCUGCCCCCAGCAUUGUGCUGAAGAAGCAUAUGGCAGCUGGUGCCCUGCGAUUAGGUACCAUGUUGCUUAGAGGUUGUCUAAUCGUCCAACUUUUUCUUCCAGCAACAUCUACAAUCCUAACUCUAACAGCUACUGUUUUUCCACGUAUUUAUUAUGGGCACAUUUGUAUUGUUAGUCAUGAAGAAAAUGUGGAGCCAGGUAACAGGAGCUUACCUAGGGGGAAACAAAAGAAACACACCAGACACUGCUCAAACAACUGGAGAAUACCAGAAAUUUCCAUCCUGGUAGGCUAAUCAGUCAAAUCCAAAGUGGCCAUACACCUGUGUGUAGUAUCUGCAAAGUUAUAUAAACAGUUGGUGGGAAAAAAGCUAAUAUUUUGAACCCUGAAUUUUAUUUUUAUGAUUCACAGAAAAUAAGAAUUCUAACUUAAAAGACUCCUUCCUCCAAUUCAACCCAGUGUAAGACUGAAAGAUGGUGAUGGUUCUACUGUGUCUUUCUAAAUGGGGAAACUUAUUCUAAUGAACCAAAUGAAUGGGGUUGAUUAGAAACUUGAUGAUGAUUGAUAUGUCCUUUAUUUCUUUCUCAAUCUCUCCUUUCUUCAUCCUUUCCUUGAGUUGAAUAAUGGACAGGGUCAGGCAAAAUUUCAAAGAUGGCCUCUUUCUUUGUUUGUUGUUAUGGUUCUCUUGUUUCAGUUGUCUCCAAGUCUUUGUAACCCCAUUUGGGGUUUUCUUGGCAAAGAUACUAGAGUGGUUUUUCAUUUUCUUCUCCAGCUCAUUAUAUAGAUAGAUGAGGCAAAGAGGAUUAAACAAUUUGCCCAGAAUCCUAUAGCUAGGAAGUAUUUGAAGCCAGAUUUGAAUUCAAGAUGAGUCUCCCUGACUCCAGAUCCUGUACUCUCUCCAUUGUGCCAUCUAGCUAUGCCUCUUAAAUUUCUCCCUUCACCCCAUUAAUUUUCAUGCAGUAAGUGUUCACAUGGAAACAACAUGAGUACCUAAACUGGUGAGGGUGAAACUCUCAAGUUGCUUUCUGGAGUGUUUUUAUGUUCAUGCCUUCUGUAAUGUACUUUCUUUCACUAUAUGUCUUUAAAUAUGUUUUAAAAAUUUAAAAAUUUAAAAAAUUAAUCCUACCUAAUUUUAAAUACAAAACACAUGGAGUAUUUUAAAGGGUGAGUUUGAUAUAUCUUGAAUGUUGGUCCAACAUCAUCAAGAAUGCAAAACCUUCUUGCAAAAUUUGAGUAUUUGGCAACGUGAUCAAAUGACUGAUACCAAGGAGGGCUGGGAGAUUUUGAAGACUGUGCAAAUAAAAGUGGCUUUUGAACAAGACCCCUCACUUUAAUGUGGACUGAAAAUUCUCCAGUAUUGAGUAUGUGAUGGGUGUUUUAUAACUUAUGUGGAAGAAAUGAAUGAGUUUAAUGACUUAAACUUCGUGUACCUUAUAGAAGUCUAUUAUCCAGUUGUAGUUGCUCCAGUCUUGACAAAGAACCCACCUGUCACUGUAUGUCCCCAGGUUGGUUUUUCUUUCAUUCCCUUCUCUUCUCCCAUUAUUUUUGAUGGAAAUGAUGAACAUGUGCCUUUGAGGGGAUAUUGGUGAAGGAAAACAAUAUUGCUUGGCAGAUGGCAGUGAGCUCCCAAGUUCUCCCUUUGUGUUUAUUACAAUGAUUAUGUUGUUAAAAGUUGAGUGAAUGUUGUCAGUCACAUCAUGGCUUUCCAGUAUGUGCCAUUUUAUCGUUCUUUCACAUAGAUUAUUAAUGAUACUUGGAGGCACCUUCUUUUGGAAUUUGAGAUAUUUCAGAUCUAAAAUCAUAGACUCUUGAUGAACUCACUCAAAGAAUGGAUGUAUGACAUUAAACACAAGCACAAACAUAACUUUUAUAGAUUGGUGUUAGAGAUAUGAUAGGGUAAUAGAAUGCUAGGUCUUGGGCUGGAAGUCAAUUUAAUCCAACCCCUUCCUUUUACAAAUGAGGAGAGUGAGACGCCCAAAGAGUGAUUGGGGAGAUGAAGUCCCAAAGUCAUACCAUUUGAUCCCGGUUCCCUCCCUCCAAAUCCCACAUCCUUGCCAUGCAUCAUCCUUGUCUUCAAGAUGGGAAACAAAAAUAUCACCUGAAUUGUGUUCUGAGAAACUGACCCAUUGCAGAAGGCCAUUGUAAUAUGGUUGUACUAAGCACAGAAUAAUAAUGUUGGGGCCUUUAUGCUCUUCCUUCAAACCCUAGCUUUUUGUCCUCCAGACUUUGAGCCAAGAAAAAAUAUCAGAAAAUUUCCACUUGUCAAAGACAAUGGAAGUACUUAAAACAACUUGACUUAAAGGAACUAUUCAAAGUCCCUUGAUAAUUAUUCUCAUUUUCAACCAAUCUCUCACCAUUUGCUCACUAUUACUAUCUGUAAAGGGUAGGUCCACCUUGGCCAUGAUGACUCUCAAGGAACUGGUCAAGUGGCCUUCAUUUUGACACAGUCAUUCUUGUAGGCAGGAAGCACAAAUUGCCCAUGUCCUGCAGUGAUGGUAAAUGGUCUCCAUAAGGUCAACUAGUACACAAAGAGAAAGGAAAAGACCUUACAUGAAAAAUGGCCACUGGGAAAGAAUCAAUCAGUCCUUGGAAGUCAUGAAGCAUUCUAGGAAGAUGUUUUCUAGAACUUUUUGCCAUGGCUAUAUUUAUAAAAGCCCAGAAUCAUCCCUAAGGAAGGACUAGAGAACUGUACUCUGGAGAUGAAUCCAAGGGUCUUUGUAAGAUCAAGUUGUAAAAAUAACCUCUUAUUCUGAACCAUUGAUGUUUAUUUAAUGAUAGUUACACCAUUGUUCCCUCUGCUUGGACCAAGAUACACAUGUUUCUAAAAGGUUGACUGAGCCACAUUUCUUGAGAAUGAUAGAAAUCUUUCUAAUUUCUCAAAAAUAAUUUUUCUUUUUUUUUGUUUAAAAAGGUCAAAUUAAACCUUGGAAAUCAUAUAGUGAGUUAAUGACAGAGUCGAGCCUGACUCCAAUCCCUAUUUCUCCAGAUCUCUUCUGGUAAGCCCAACUUCAUUUUCUCCUUUUGACUAUCAUCUUUAGGCCAGACUCAAUAUCUUUGCCCUCUUUGCUGUGUUGUUUAAAUGUCAGACUUUCAGGCCCUGAUCUCAUUCUCCUAAAGCCAUGGUUUAGAUUUGCUUCAGCCGCAAGUACAAAUAGCUAUUAAAAUGUAUUCAAAGACCAAGUCCUACAUUUCUACAAUUAACUUUUAUGCAGCAUGGUUCCAAGAAAUCUCUACCUUGAGGAGAAGAUAGCAGGGGCUCAGCAAUCCCCUGCCCAUCCCUCUCAUCCAAAGCAGUACCUGCCUAUAUUAGCACUUUAUACUUAGAUGUAUAUACAAUGAUAUCUUGUUUUAUUUAUCAAAAUAUGUAUACAUGUCUAUACAUAUAUAUAUUAUGUGUAUGUGUGUAUAUAUAGAAAAACAAGAUUUCAUUUCUUCCUUUAAUUCCCUAUCAGUAUCUUGUAUCCUUUCCCUAGUUAUUUACAACGCCAAUCAGAUCAUUUUCCUCACCUGUAUGGAUUGGAUUUCAAAGAGAAAUGCUCCUUUGCCCAAAACACUCCCUUGGCAAGGAUCCUCCAGACCCAAGCCAAGUGUUUGGCUUAGGGGUGCAGACAUAUAUUAGAGAUCUUUUCAAAAUAGAGCUGACCUAUAGGAUUAUGGAGAUUAUGGAUGGGGAAGAGUGUCCUUUCAGCUUGACGUGGGACACACGUCUAAAUGUCCCCAUCUCUGAUCUUCCUGGGGAGGAAGGGGUCUGAUCUCUCCUGCACCCUCUAACACAGAUCUACUGAUGAGGAAGCAUCAGCACACAUGGCGUCCAUUCAAACACAUUUGUCGUAAGAUGCCCUCACUGGAAAAUAUUCGCAGGUGCUCACUGCUACCUGUGCCAAGCACAGGCAGUUCUCAGAUAUCUACCCAUGUGCCCAGGGAGCAAAUGAAUGCCCAGCAACAUCUUAGAAAACUCCCUUUUUAUUCAUUGCUUUAGGUAUAUCUCAACAUAUAGAACCUACUAUGUUUCAUUCUGUAAACCAAACAAAAAAACUCGAGUUUUGUGGCAGGAAUUGUUUUUAUAAACAGAACCAGACAUGCAUUAGUUCUAUGUGGUCACGUAAAGUAUUUCCUCCAUGGCUUGUUUUGUUCCUUUUCCCACCCACCUCCCUCCCCGGAAAUUUCUAUCAUUUACAAUCACCUUUGUAGGAAGGAAAUAAAAGCUCCUUUAAAAGCACACUUAUACCUGGGAAACCAGGGAAGGAGAGCCCCUGGGAGAAGGAAGGCACUCCUCCAGUCCUCUACCAUUCCCGUUUCAGAAUUGUUAUUCUGGAAGGCAUUUGUAGUUUAGGGUCACUACUUGGCAACUGAGCCCUCUGGAGAGUUUCAACAGAAGCCCUGAGUGCCUCAAUUUAAUUCACCUGCUCCCACUGUUGCGCUCACACUGCCCCUCUGGUUGGCUUUACUAGGUUGUUCACAAUGUUGCUGUUUAUCAAAACUGUCCAAUUAUUCAGAACAGUUGUGCCAAACAAUGGGAAGGCCUCUUGGGUCCACAAGUUAGUCACAACCUUUCAGAGGCUUGUUCCUUCGUCUUUAAAUUGGGGGUGGACUAGACCAGGGGUUCCUAACUUGGUGUAGAACACUUGUAUCCAUGGAUAAAUUUCAGAGCUUCUGUGAACUUAGAUGGGAAAAAAUAACAUCUUUAUUUUCCAGCAAACUCUAACUGAAAUGGACCAUUUCUUUCGAUUCUCAAUAAGAGUAACAGAGCAUUAUUCUGAAAAGGGAUUCACCAGAGGGCGUAAAGGGUUUCAUGACAAAAACCAAAAGUUAAGGAUCCUAGAACUAAAUGAUCUUUAAGGUAUCUUCCAACUCUAAGAGUUUAAGAAUCUAAUUCUAUAAUCAAAGGGGCUCUUUGGCCCUCCAACUUGCCAUAGUGGAUUUCCUUAAAGGCCAAUUAUUAAUGCACAGAGAAAAAGGAGGGUCUAAAGAAAAAAAAAACUUUUUAAAAGGUACACAGGGAAGCCCCAGAGGGAGUUGGCAAAAUGGAUGAAGGAGUCUGUGAAAAAAUUACUAUUUUUUACCUUUGUCUUCCCUCCCCACUCCCCAAUGCCCUUGUAUUUUUCUGAUUUAGAAAUAGUUUAUCCUGGCCCUAAGAAUCUUCUUACUUUUACCCUGAAGGCACAGCCAGUUUAUGUUCAAGAUAGAAAUUCUUGCAAAUAGCCCAUAUCUUUAACAAUAGCGGUGCUAGUGAUGAUACCAUUAUAACAGCCAAGUGCUAAUAUGAAUUAAUACACUUAUUUAAUAAUAGUACAAGAAUUCCUGCUAAAUUAUAUCUGUGUAUCACUGCCUGGUUAUGAAACCUGAGUUUUCUAGUCCAGUACAUAUUCAAAUUAUGGGCCUGGUCUCAUGACUAGUCUUUUUAUGGGUAAAAAUCACACACACGCACACAAAAAUACCUAAUGUUUUGUAUAGGAUUUUUUUUUAAAUAACUGCUUACGUGCAAAAUAGUUUCUUCACAAGAACCACUUGUGCAUCUUUUGUAACUGGCUAGAAAAUGGGCUCUUUUCCCAAAAUGGUGUCUGCAACAGAUAGCUUCGUUCAGAAAUGGGUUACACGUUGACAUAGUUAUAGAUUUGUGCUAGUGUUCUUAAGCAUUACUUUUGAGAAGGGAGAUUAAAAAAAUCUGGAGCCACCCCCUGGUGAGGUGUUAAUACUGGCAUGAAAAAACAAAAUACUGGUUUUACUGUUGGGGGAAGGGGCAAUUAUUUGUAUAAACUUAGAUACCCAUUACUUAAGGCAUUACAUUCUGCUUGGCUGAUCAACACUUCCAAGUUCUUCUCGCUAUUUCAAAGAUACCAGGUUCUGGCAAAGACCAAUAUGAAAUGUAUCACUGCAGCUGCUUUCCUGAGUGCUUUUGUUAUAUGAGCUGUUCCAGUUAUAAAAAUUCUUCCUAUGUUAAUAGCUAAAUGCGAAAUUUUGCUGUUUUUAAAAGUCACUGUAAUUGAGAUUCCAAAUUCUUCCACAAUUUUAUUUGUGUCCAGUCUUAAAAAAAAAAAUCCAGUUUUCUAUGUUACUAUUAUUGUAACAUCAAUAAAGUGACUUUCAAUGAA